AUGGCUUUGCACGACGGCCUCGUGAACUGGCCGCUAUUUUUCGGCUGCAUCCUCGUGGGCAUCGGUCCGCUCGCAGCGCUCUUCUUCGUGGUGGUAGCUAAGCGUGCACAGCUGGUGAUUCUGGCGUUGAGUGGCGCCUUCGUGUGGCUCGUUGCCAUCCUCGUGACGGCGACACUUUGGCAGAUCAUCCCUCCCCUCAAAACGUCGCUGUCGGCUACAGUUCCCGUGGGUGUCGUAAUUCAGGAAGCAUUCCGCUUGCUCUUCUUCUACCUCUACACACGCACAGAGCAGGCCGUCAAGCGGGUAACGACGUCCUCGCACCAGCUACCGCUCAAUGACAUCACGUCGUCACUUGCAGGCGGCGUAGGCUUCUCCGUCAUGCACGCGCUGCUGAUGUUUGGCAGCCUCGUGGGGUCGUCCACAGGCUCGCGUGGUGCCGCCUUCUCGGCCUCUUGCGAGAGCAUCCCGCUCAUCUUUUCAGCUGCCAUCUCAACGCUGGCACUCACGGCACUGGAUGUGGCUCUAAUGGUCGUCGCCUUCGACGGGUAUCGUAAACGGUCCGCGCUGGCAGUAGGAGCCGUGUUCGUCAUUCACAUGGGUGUCGCCCUGUCGGCCCUUGCCAACAUGGAAACCAACGGCUGCUACAUCUCCAUCCCAGCACACUAUGCGGGUGCGGCUUUAGCCUGUGCAGGCGCCACGAUGAUUGUAUGGCGCUCCAAGAGACUCGCCGUGGAUGCCAAAUAA